AUGCUGACGACGGCAUCAGAACGGAUGGUAACAUCGAGCAACCUGGCAGUUUCGGCGUGCGACGACGAUGACGACGGAAAGUGCAAGUUGGAUUCCAGGACCGGUUUCCCUGGUUCAAAGAGCCAGGCACAUAUCACAAAGCGACCUGCAGGACACUGUGGACAAACUCCAAAAGGAAAACCCGAUCGGCACGGCUGGACCAGAGUAGCGAAGGAGCAAAACGGAACAAUCCAAAAGUGCCUGCCUGCAGAUCCCCCGACUGAGGAAGGACAGCCAUCAUCAAGACCAACGACCCUAAUGUUGGCCAAACACAGGACCAGGUCCUCUAUAAUGUUAAUAUUUUUGUGUCUAAUGACAGAAGCAAGAGUGGAUGUUAGAAGAAUAGAUCAUUUACCAUAUUCAGGAUUAGCAAGAAUUCAAAUUACGUCCCAUUACUAUGUUCAUCAUUUCAAUGUUACCUCUCUGAAAGCUCAUGUCGACAGUCUUAGGAAUCAAUUUGAUCAAUUGAAAAUCAACCAAUUCACACCACUCACUUUACAAAAAUUUGAUGAAAUUCAUCAAACACUAAAAAACUUGGCCCCUUCUAGGAGACAUAAGCGCUGGGAUAGUCUAGGAACAGGUUGGAAGUUCAUUGCAGGAAGUCCGGACGCAAACGACUUAAAAAUAAUAAACUCUUCCAUUAACGAACUUGUUAGCAACAAUAAUCAACAGAUUAGAAUAAAUAGGGCACUUAAUUUGCAAAUGAAGGAACUUGUUUACAAAACCAAGGAUGCAAUAGAACUUUCGAAUGCUAAAUCAUUAGAGAUUUAUUCACUAAAUAUUUUUCUUAACUUAAAAUAUCUAGCGGAAAAAUUAGAACAGAUUGUUGAUAGUAUAUCUUUAGCUAAAGCCGGGAUUUUGAACGAAAAAAUACUAAGUCAGGAUGAAAUUGAAAUAUUGUACCAAGAUUUAUCCAAGCAAAAUAUUACACUUCACAAUGUCUUGGAAGCACUAAACCUUGCAGAUACAACGAUCGCCACCAACAGCAAGGAGCUGACUUUACUGAUAAAAACCCCCAUCUUGGAUACGAGGAUUUUCAACAAGAUUCACGUCUUCCCCGUCACUGCUAGUCACCAGCAAAUCCAUUUGACUAGAAGAAACUAUUUGCAUCAUGAAACUGGUAGCUACAUCGUGAAUUCGUUAGAGGCAACUAUAUACAAAGUCCACCAAAUAGAAGCGGACAAAUCCAAAUGUGUACCAAACCUUCUCUCUGGACAGCAGGCAUGCUGCAGAUACACCAUGAACCCACCUAGUGAGGAAGUAAAAUUUAUAACUGACGAAAACAUCAUGUUGAACUAACAAAACAUAUCCUUCGCAUCAAAUUGUGGAAUCGGUAACCGUACGUUAUCUGGAACAUUUUUGAUAUCAUUUCACGAUUGCGAAGUAAUCAUCAACAACAUCAGCUAUUCUAAUACCAUACAGAAUAUAGCUGGAAGUCCAAUACAGCUGCCAUUGGACGGUCUUGCAAUACAAAAGCAAUUUACAAUAGCAAACCUCAGUUUGGAACAUCUACAUGGUUUGCAUCUAGAGAUGAGAAAGGAAAUGGAGUACAUUCGAUUGAACAACACCAGCAUCCAGUGGCCUUCGUGGCCCAUUUUUGGAGGAAUCCUCUCCCUCCCCUGCAUGAUAAUCGGUAUCGCAAUUCUUUUGAAAAUUUUCUCCAACAGAUCAGCUACCUUGAAGAUACAAGCAUCUAACGCCACAAUCAAACAGGAACCGAUAGUGGAUAUUCAACCCAGGAUCAAACCUACGACAUUGAUGGAUGUGAUUCAGACGGAGCCUCAUCUCUCAGGAAGGGACGAGUUAGCAACGAAGCUACCCCAGCGGUGGUAG